UUUUCCCAGUGCAGACCUGCUCUCUUGGGCCAUUUGACGGUUUGGUAGUUCAGUUGUUUAGUGGUGCGUUUUUCACACCGAACAAAACAGCAGCAUGGACGAAAUCGAUACAAAAGUGAAGAAUUUUUUAAUUAAUUUCAACACAAGUGGUGUCGAGUUUAAUUGUUUGCCCUCCUUUUCCCUGCAACAAGAACUGCAACGCGACUAUUUGCGCUAUCGUGGCAUACACAAGUGUAAACUCAUUCUGGCGUGCAUUAUUUUCGCGCUCGGGAAGCAUUACUUCAGCUAUGUGUUUACAAAUGAAGAUUGCUUCCUUGAAAUGCCCCACCAGUUGCAGAGAUCAUUCCGCCCGCCGGAAAGUUGCAACUUUUGCAGAGAUAUUCGAAAUGUUCCACGCAUCACGAAUGUAGAUCCGGAUGAGUUCGAACAAAAAUACGCCUAUACCGGAGGACCGGUUAUUGUAACCGAUGCAACCGUAAAUUGGACGGCAACGGAGUAUUUCGAUUACUGGUUUUUCAAAGAAAUUUAUCAAACAUAUGGUCGACGAAAAGGGGCUAUCAAGUGUCAAUUUUUUCCGUACCAGACUGGAUUUCGUAAUAUUUAUGAGGCGUUGAGCUUAGACGAGGCACGUGUCCGCUAUGAGAUAGGAACCGAACCGUGGUAUUUUGGAUGGAGCAACUGUGAUCCGGUGAUACUGCAGAAGUUACGACAGCAUUACGGUAGACCUUACUUUCUGCCGAAAUCAUCUGAGAACAACGCUGUUGAUUGGGUCUUUAUGGGCGGACAUGGACUGGGUGCGCAUAUGCAUGUAGACAACGUCCGUUUGCCAUCCUGGCAGUCGCAGCUUAAAGGAGCGAAAGAAUGGAUUUUGGCACCUCCGCCUGAGUGCUACUACAGCUGUAACUUCAUGUCGGUCGUGGUGCAAACCGGAGAUACCAUUGUCCUAGAUACAAACAAGUGGUACCACAAAACCAACGUCCUUUCUGGUGAGAUCAGUAUCACAGUCGGUGCAGAGUACGACUAAGUAAGGCGACACUUUACUCACCUAGAUAUGAUUGUCGUUGCUGGUGGGAAUUCAACAAUAUCUUCUCUUAUCUCUAGAUCGUUGUAAAAGCUAACAACGUGCGGUUCGUUGUUUCGGAAGACACAAGAUCCAUUCGCCGAAGGAAUCCGGUGAUAUAGUGGGUCAUCGUCAUCUGAGAAUGAUACAAAUUGAUUUGAAUAAUAAAAUAACAGACUCCCUCGACUAUUGCUUCUACUUACCACAAGUCAUAGAACGUCCAAUCCACUGUCCGUCUUCGCAAAUAAUCUUCCAAGUGGUCUGCUCACCCGUUAUACUGGCAAUGCAAUCAAACGUAAUCUCUGUUCCUGAAUGAAAUCCUUCCUCACUGUCAUCGAUUUGUUCGCCAUUUUUGUACACCAAUGAACCAUGGAUCUUUCCCGGCGGUCCACAGUCCCUACCGUCGCUUUCAUCCUCGGAUGAAGUCACAUUGCUAC